AUAUAUAUAUAUAUAAUGUAAAGUUGCACAUGACAAUACCUAAUCAAAUAACAUUCCGUUUUGAAUAUGCUGCGAUACUUGCCAGGCAAGCACGUCGAUGAUUAAGCUUAAUAGAAAGCAAUCUGCAUUCUUCAUUAGUUUGACCCCUGAUGGUCGCAGAGAGUCGGGACACGAUUCUCUCGCUGAUGAAAGGGGCAUCAGAGAGCAGCUGCAGCGAUUUCACAGUGCCUGUUACUCCUCGUACUCCUCGUGCUCGUAGUGGUCGUUUUUGUACAGUUAGCAAAUCAAUUAGCAACUAUGUCGGAAAACGUGAGUCCGAUCAAGUACUUCCUGAGCGGAGGUUUCGGAGGAGUCUGCACAAUCCUAGCUGGGCAUCCCCUGGAUACGAUAAAAGUUCGCCUUCAAACUAUGCCCAUACCUGGGCCCAACGAAAGGCCACUUUAUGCUGGAACUUGGGACUGUGCCAAAAAGACUGUGUCAAAAGAGGGCUUUCGAGGCCUUUACAAAGGUAUGGGCGCACCGCUGGUUGGUGUUGCCCCAAUAUUUGCGAUGAGCUUCUUGGGAUUUGGAUUAGGAAAGAAGUUGCAACAGAAAGAUCCUAAUGAAAAAUUGACCGAGCUGCAGCUGUUCUAUGCUGGAGCUUUUAGCGGAAUAUUCACAACUGCCAUUAUGGCUCCUGGGGAGCGAAUCAAAUGUCUUCUACAAAUACAGCACGGGGAUGCUAAACCAAAGUACAAAGGCCCAAUUGACUGUAUCAAAAAAUUGUAUGCAGAGGGUGGACUGAGGAGUAUAUUUAAAGGCUCGUGUGCAACACUAUUAAGAGAUGUACCUGCUAGUGGAGUUUAUUUUACCACAUAUGAAGUUUUACAAAGGGCAAUGAAAUCUGAAGAUGGAAGUCUAGGGCUUUUAUCAACUAUAACUGCUGGAGGUUGUGCAGGAAUCGCUAAUUGGAUUGUAGGAAUGCCACCUGAUGUUCUUAAAUCAAGAUUACAAACAGCUCCUGAAGGAACGUACAAAAGAGGCGUAAGAGAAGUUUUCGUGCGUCUUAUAAAAACGGAAGGACCAGCAGCACUUUACAAAGGUGUCAUUCCUGUGAUGCUCAGAGCUUUUCCGGCAAACGCGGCUUGUUUCCUAGGAUUUGAAGUAGCCAAAAACUUUUUGGAUUGGGCCGCACCAAACUUAUAAUGUUAUAAUCUCUAAUUUUAACAACGAUAAGUGCUCCUUACAGGUUUAUUCUUAUUUUGACAAUACCUAUUAAGUUUGGAGCUAGUGAUCAAAGAAAAACGUACAUUUGCAAUUGCCUAAUAUACUAUUAGAGUUUGGAGAAUGUCAAUGCAAUUCAUUCUUAGUAAUAUACUUUGUAUAAUUUGCCAGUAUGAUGAAUGCUAGUAACUACGCUAGUAUUUGUACAAAAGAAUUGUGAAUUUUAUAAUGGAAAGAAUCGACGCAUCGUGUUUCCUGUUCAAUAAGUAGGUAUAAUGUCGUUAUUUUUUAAAAAGAUCCUUCCAGUAGUAACUUUACAGUUCUCUUGACCGAGGCAAUACGAGGAAACAAAAUGAAAGUAUUUGAAAGUAAAUACAAUUUUUAUAUAGGUAUAAAUAUUUAUGUGCAAUUAUAUACAUUGUGACAGACGAGUUAUUCAUAUAUUGUAGUGCUAGUGUCAUAUAAUUAAUACAGUUUCUUAUGUUUCUUCACUUAAACAUAUAAAACCUUAUAUCUCUAUCAUCCAUGGCAUACUAGUAAAAUAUAGCUUGAAUAUGAACAAACAUAUCAAAAAAGGGCAUGGUGGUUAUUGUAUAUUAUAUUUUUAUGCAAGGUCCUUGAUUACUCUCUGUAAUUGGAUGAUAUGAAUAAUUUAUUGACCAUGUUAAUUUGGAUUGGUUUAUUUUUUAUACUUCUGAAUAUUAUCGUAUAUAUUUUUGACUCUGUAUAAAUGUGAGUUUUAUACUCGGUAUUUAUUCUACGCAAUUUAAUUUGCGCAUCAAAUAGUUAAGCAUAUAGAGAUCCACUAAAUGCGAUCUUUUUGUAAAAUACGUAAUGCCGCACAAUACACGUUGUACAAAGAAUUUCUCGUAAGCGACCUACGAAAGAUGUUAAACAAAAUGAUAACAAUAACAGAUAUAUUUAUUUUAUCAAA